ACCAAAGAGAACACUGUACAGUAAGAAGUAUGGAGUGGACCUCAUCAGGUACACACAUGCUGCCAACACCGUGGUGUACAGCUCCAACAAAAUAGAUGAUACAAUCCGAUACCUCUCCCUACAUGACAACAAAUACAUUCGCUACUUCCCAGGGCAUACAAAAAGAGUGGUUGCGCUUUCAAUGUCUCCAGUGGACGAUACUUUUAUUUCUGGAUCUCUUGAUAAGACUAUUCGACUAUGGGAUCUCCGCUCUCCAAAUUGCCAGGGUUUAAUGCAUCUCCAGGGGAAACCGGUAUGUUCUUUUGACCCAGAAGGGUUGAUUUUUGCUGCUGGAGUGAAUUCUGAAAUGGUGAAGCUUUAUGAUCUCCGUUCUUUUGACAAGGGGCCAUUUGCUACCUUUAAGAUGCAGUAUGAUCGAACGUGUGAGUGGACAGGCCUGAAGUUCAGUAACGAUGGCAAGCUCAUCCUCAUAUCAACUAAUGGAGGGUUCAUUCGACUAAUCGAUGCCUUUAAAGGAGCUAUCCUGCAUACGUUUGGGGGUUACAACAACAGUAAGGCUGUCACACUGGAGGCAUCAUUCACACCGGACUCUCAGUUCAUCAUGAUCGGUUCAGAGGAUGGGAAGAUUCAUGUUUGGAAUGGGGAAAGUGGGAUGAAGGUGGCUGUGCUGGAUGGGAAACACACAGGUCCUAUAACCUGUCUGCAGUUCAACCCCAAAUUCAUGACUUUUGCUAGCGCAUGUUCCAAUAUGGCCUUCUGGUUGCCAACUAUCGACGACUGAUUCCUACGCUGCAGCUGCUGUCAGGUGACUUGCAUACUGCUAGCAGCAGCCCAUCAUUGCAAGCAUAGUGUUGGAAUUGCCUAGGUCUCCUAGACUGUGUUCCUGUUUCUGCGUUUGUCUCCAUAUGUCUUACCUUUAUUUCCUGCAUUCCUUUGUGAGGACUCUUCCAACUUGGCCUCUGAGCAUGUUCAGAAGCAGCAUGCUACACGUUUUAACCUUCCAGUCCGUGCCCAGCAGGCUUCAGCCAGAGUUGGAACUCACACAGUAUUAUUUCUAAGAGCAGUGAGAUCUGUUUUAUUUACAACAUGUUUGUGACAUUUUUUAAAGCUGUAGCUGUGUGUUUUUUCCUUUUGUAAGUGCAUGAGGCUAUUAAUGUUCCAAGGUGGAACGUGCAGUUCCUUCCCUUAAGUGCAUGUUUUUCACAUCUGGGAUCUCUCUGGUUUCACGGCAGUCCACAGAUGCAAAGUUAAUUCUGUGCCAAAUGUGAACACUUGACAGUUUUCAACUUAAACAGCAGAUGCUGGAUUCUUUCGCAGUGGAGUACACAUCGAAAGAGUGGGUGACUGUAAAUACACGUGAUGCAUCCUGUCAUCCAUUUUUUGGUGAUUUAGCGUGCUGCAAACCGUACGUGUUUUGUCCGCAGCCAGAGCUUGCUGAAGCCUCCCUGCUGUUUGCUGUGCCAGCAUCCCGGAGGGUGCAGACAGUACUGAUGAGGUCCAGUCACUGUCCCAAGCAAUAAAUCAGGAAGAUGGAGAAACCAAACUGAGACUGAAAGCACAGUCUGCCUGUGUAUCUUCAUUAUGUAUCAUCUUGGCUGAUCUUACUUGUAAAUAUCGGGGUGGGGGGAGGGCAGUGGAAAUCGGCCAUAUUUUUUUACUUUUAGAUAUUAAAGAAUGUGAUGUGG